AUGAGAGCCUGUCUGGCUCUUAAAUAUGUUCCUAGGGGAUGGAGGGAAGUGAAAGUCACGUUCAUACCCAAACCAGGUGAGAGCGACUACACAGACCCUAAAUCCUACAGGCAUAUUAGCCUCACAUCCUUUCUCCUAAAGACGAUGGAGAGGAUGUGUGAAAGGGAAUUAAGGGGGUCGGUGCUAAUGAACUUACCACAACACGACAAGCAACACCCCUACAGUUUAGGCAAAUCAACAGAAUCGGCACUUCACCAGGUAAUAACAAAGAUUGAUGAGGCCAUCCAAAACAAAGAAAUAUGUCUAGGUUCCUUCAUUGAUAUAGAAGGUGCUUUUGACAGGAAGAACUUCUCCAGCAUAAAAGGUGCACUCAGUAGACAUAAAGUUGAACCGGCACUGAUUGACUGGAUAGUUAACAUGCUCAGUACACGAAUAAUAAAGAUUGUUGGUGAAUUUCAACCAAUCCAAAUUAAGGAAGGCUACCCGCAGGGUGGGAUUCUCUCACCUCUCCUGUGGAGUAUGGUCAUUAAUGAACUCAUCAGCAAAUUAAAUGCCAAUCACUUCUACACAGUAGGUUAUGCUGAUGACCUGACAAUACUGAGCUCUGGAAAGACAGCAAGCAUAGUGUGCGACUUGACCCAAGCGGCUCUCCGUAUAGUGGGGAGACGGUGCAGGGAAUACGAUUUAACCAUCAAUCCAAAUAAAACGGUUCUGUUCACACAAAAACGAAUGCUGAAUAACUAUCAUCUCCCUAGUUGA